AUGACGGAGCAAGAGCGUCGCGGAGAUGACCAGAAAAACGCGGUCGUCGUUGGCACUGAUGUCGAGAAUUCUCCCACGCGCUACCAGCCGACGAGAUGGCAGAGCAAUAUCACCAUCGCGAGCUGUUACAUCGCCAACUUCAGCGAUGGUUAUCAAAACGGCCUCGCCAAUCCCACCAAUGUCAUCUUCAAGCAUCUGCUCGGCACCGACUUCACCUCCGAGAUGAAGACGCGGAUUAGCAACUCGCUGCUCAUCGGCGCGAUAAUUGGUAUUAUUGUUUUGGGAUAUGCAUCGGAUAUGUUCUCGCGACGGGCUGGACUGCUAUUCACAUCGUCGCUUGUGGCCAUUGGCACACUGAUGGCAACCGUCGCAAUGUCAGUACACCCAACGAUGAACAUGCUGUGGUAUUUCGUCGUCGUGCGCGGUAUCGCAGGUUUCGGCGUUGGGGGUGAAUAUCCCCCCAGCGCAGCAGCAGGAAUCGAAGAAACAGACGAAUUUAUGCGCCGAUAUCGUGGGCCCAUGUUCGUCUCGUUCACCACGCUCAUGGCCACCCUCGCCAGCCCCAUCCUCAUGAUCAUCUACCUAAUCACGCUAGUCGCAAGCAACAACAACCUCACCAUCGCUUUCCACGCCAUCUACUCCAUCGCCACCAUCCUCCCAGUGAUCAUCAUUGCCAUGCGCGUUUUCAUGGCCGACUCGACGCUCUUUCACUACUCGAAUUUCAAACGCCAGCGCAAAUCCCCGCGUCUGAUUCUCCUCCUCCUGCGGAGGUACUGGUGGCGCAUCACAACCACCUCGCUGGCUUUCUUCCUCUACGACUUCAUCAACUUCCCCAACAGCAUCAUGUCGAGCACCAUCAUCUCCUCCCUGGUCAAGGAUAACAACGUCCGCACAACAGCUAUCUGGCAGGUGAUUCUCGCCGUCCUCCCAGUGCCCGGCGUGCUGGUGGGCGCCUGGCUAACGAACCUCAUCGGCCGGCGCUGGACCGGUAUCGCCGGGUUCGCCGGGUACGUCGUCCUGGGAUUCGUUAUCGGAGGUACAUACACCAAACUAUCGCAACACAUCGCCGCAUUCGUCGUCUUGUAUGGGUUACUGCAGGCAUUUGGUCACAUGGGCCCCGGGGCAACAAUCGGCCUCAUAUGCUCCGAGUCCUUCCCUACAGCCAUGCGAGGCAUGGGCUAUGGCAUUGCAGAGGCAUUCGGGCGUGCCGGGGCCGCGGUUGGAACACAGUGUUUCACACCAUUGCAGGACUGGGCGGGCGAUAGCGCGACAUUUUAUCUUGCUGGUGCGGUGGCUGUUGUUGGAAUGUGUGUCUAUUGGCUCUUGCCGGAGAGUGGGGGGUUGGAUUUGGAGGAGGAGGAUAAGGUGUUGAGGUUUUGGUUGGAGGAGAGGGGUUUUACGGUUGAUGGCGGGAGCUAG